AAAUACAAGUUCUUGAGGCUGAAUGCACUGUGGCAUUGUGACGGGCACCACAAGCUUAUACACUGGGAAAUUGUUAUUCAUGGAUUCAUUGACGGUUUCUGUCACACUGUAAGUAAUCUUCUCGACCUCUAUAUUUAUUUUCUCAAAUGA